GGGGACUUCCAAGUUGACUUCCAGACUUGCUCGGGGCAAUCGAUCUUCUCUCCUUCUCCUUCACAAUUCGACUUUUCGCGGUGUGUCCGACCAUCUGACAUCAGACAACCCGCAUGAGAUGCAACCACCUUAUUGACGCACUCGCGUGUAUGCCAUGAGGAUGCAUAUCCUUCUUUUUAGUUAUAAUAUACCAGCCCCAUCUCAACGUCUUCGGCCGAUUAACCUCGACAAUUCCAAGCAGUCCCCGUCUCAUCCAUCAUGAACCCGGACGCUCGCCGGAGUGCCUGCGAUCGAUGCAGGGGCCAGAAGCUGCGAUGUGUGCGACCAUUCCAGGCCAGGGGGCUCAGCCCCUGCGAACGCUGUCUCAAGGCCGGGGCCGAGUGUACCAACAGUCUGUCCUAUGCGCAGCGCAAGCUGCAGGAAGCCCGGCAGUCGGCCUCCUUUCUGGAUCAGCGAUCGUCCCGCAUCUACGAAUCCGUCUCCGUCCCACGCGCGCCCCCCGACUUUGCCGAAUCGAUCGACUCAAUCCCCGCAAAAAGGAAGUUAACACAACCAUUCCUCGAGUCCGCGCAUUAUGUGUCGCCGGUCACUAUCCAUCCCUCCGUGAUCGGGGGCCGCAGUGGGGAGACUGUCAGCCGGGCAGCCCCCAAGCAGCCGCCCACCUCCUUGAGUGCGACCGAUCAGAACCCAGACCUAUCCAGGUCGAAGACAUUGGGAUAUGGAGUAGAGCCUCUGGACUUUGACGUCCGACUGAGUCCAGAGGCCACUGGCCAUGGAAGCGAUCAAUUCAUGGACAUGCUCUUUGACGACCCCAAAGUGACUACUGCCAGAACAAGACCCGAGCACCUUGACGAGGAACCGCCUCCACAGGAGACCUCUGGUACAGCAUCGCCCCCUCUGGGGACCAAGGAGGACUGUCUGCAUUGCUUGUCCGAACUGAGUUCCCAGAUCCUGCGAGAUUCGAGCAAGAUGAGAGCCAUGCCUCUUCCCGACAUCCUGUCAUUCUCGGCAUGGCCGGAUAACAGCAAAGGGCAGCCUGAGAAGGGUCUUCAGAACAGCAUUGGAAGGCUAUUAGAACUCACCCAGGCUUACCUGAAUAUUCUACACUGCCUAAAAUUAGCGACCGCAUCCGCCAUGUCACAUCCUUCCUCCUCAUCCCCAUCCUUCCACCAUCGGUCGCCGCGUUCGCCGUCCAAUGACUCGGAUUGCUCGUACUCUGAGUAUUGGAACGACCCGGAGCAUCUGGCAGUGCACAAUCAAGAAAAUCCUCCAAGGACUGGUCCUGAGAAUUUGAUCUCAUUUCCCGACGCUAUGCCAGAUCCAGCCUCCAAACAAUCGGUCGGGUCGUCGGGAGUUGACAUGCCCACCACAUUGACCAUCCUGACCUGUUACAUCUGGCUGUUACAUGCGUACGGUACUAUUUUCCAUCGUAUCCACGCUGCCCUGUCUGCCGAUUCCUCCGUCCCCUUCCCAUCCUUGCCUGUGCCAUCUUUGUCGACGUUGGCUUCUUCUACCACGGCCGAUCUAUCUACCAGGCCAUCCUCCUUCUCAUCCUCCGGCAGGUUCGCCACCCAAUUAAUGCCCUCCGUACUCCCAGGUCUGCACAUUGGCGGAUUUGAUCUAAACAGUCAUCGUGAUCUUCAACUGGAAAUAAUCGUUCAGCUUAGCUCGAGAAUGCUGGGUCGCAUCGAGGAGCUUCUGGGAAUCUCACUCGUCUCGUCCCAGUCACCGGGACGACCGGACGUGACGUGGAAUGGAAGCGACAAUGGGGCCAACUUAUCGGGAAGAAAAGAUGGUGGGGGGAUUCUAGAUAAUGCAUCUGCAUCGGCGCUACUAGAGGUAAUGUUAAAGCAUCAUAAUCUGGGUUAUUUCAAGGACGUUGAUGGGGGAGCAGGAUCGGUGAAGCAGACUUUGAAUGACAUUAGGGCGAUAUUGAGGCGUGCAUCGUAAGGAUAAGGGAAACCUUACCAGAACGCUCUGAGGGAUAUACAAUUUCUGAAAAAGGAUAUGUCACUGGAGACAUGAACCUUGGGUGCGGAGCGAAGCAACUGUGUCUUGGUAUUUCAUAUCAGAGGAACCAUUUUCUUUUCAUCCAACAAUUAUAGAUCGAAUUUGGUAAUAACUAGAGACGAGUGCC